AUGCUUUCCAUUGUUUCAAAGGUUUCGCUUCUCACUUUGGUGGCUGCUACAACUGUGACCGCUGCGGCCAAUGCCAGUUCGACCACGGAUUCCGCUGCGUCUGUUUCGACUGACGUCGUUGCUUCUGCGACUUCUCUCAUCUCUACAGCUUCUAAUUUUCGAGGGGGCAAUUCAUGUAAAUGCGUACCGGGCGACAGUUGUUGGCCUGCAGAUUUGAUUUGGAAAGUAUUCAAUGUCACUGUUGGCGGGAAAUUAAUUCAGACAAAACCGGUGGCCGUAUCAUGCUAUCCCGGUCCUGACCAAAACCCAUCUCAAUGUGCCUAUGUCGAUGCAAACUGGGAGGAUGCAACAUUCCAGGCCGACAAUGUCGUCGGUCUAUCAUAUCCCACCAAUAUCACCUGCCCUCCUGUCAAUGCCAGUGCAGGAGAGACACCAACAGGCUCAUGUACUCUGGGUGUAAGCCCGAGCUACGCGGUAGACAGUACAAGCUCGCUACAGGUCGCUUUGACAAUUGCCUUCGCCAAACUCUUCAACAUCCGUCUUGUUGUUAAGAAUACUGGUCACGAUCUCCUUGGUAGAUCAGAAGGUCAUGGCGGUCUCGAAGUUUGGAUACGACAUUUGCGCAACGGCAUCACCUUUCAAAAGGCAUUCAAGUCUUCCACAGGCUGCACCAAGAGUGGUUGGACUGGCAGUGCGUUCAAGAUCGCUGGCGCAUACACCUGGGCCGAUGUAUACGCGCAGGCCAAAGCCAACAAUGUCGUGGUGGUGGGUGGUGGCACACCCUCUGUGGGAACGAUCGGAGGCUGGAUGCAAGGAGGUGGCCACGGACCGGCAUCAAGACAAUUCGGUCUCGGGGCGGACCAAGUCCUUGAAAUUGAUGUAGUUCUUGCCAACGGCUCUGUGGUCACUGCCAACGCCUGCCAGAAUAGCGAUCUCUUCUUCGCUCUUCGCGGUGGCGGCGGUGGUACCUACGGAGUUGUUGUCUCGACGACAAUCAAAGCACAUCCGAUGGUCAGCGUCGCCGUGCAACAUUUGGCGAUCGGCGCCCUGAGCUCGGAUACUUCAGGAUUGUUGGAUACCGUCAGUAUCCUGUACUCGGCCUACCCCGAUCUGAACGAUGCAGGAUAUGCCGGUUACGGGGAAUGGGCGAUCAACAGUCCGACGCCACUUUUUGCUACUUUCACUGCGGGUUACGUCCACGGAAUUUACAUGUUCAACAAAACCGUUGCUGAAGCCCAAGCAGCAUUCAACGCCACACGCGCAAGGCUAGCACCGUAUAACCUGAGUAGCGUUUUCAUUUCGGAGACCUACGCAUCCUAUUCCGAUUACUGGACUUUUUACAACACCGAAUCUGGGGUUGAGAGCCAGGUCGGCGCUUCAGCCACUCUAGGAUCACGCCUGUUUGACCGAGCAUCGGUCACUUCUAAUUUUUCCGCCCUUCGAGAGACGGUUGGCACUAUUGCCGGAACGCCCGACCAAUAUGCAUUUAACAGUUUCGAGGUUGUCGGAGGCGGACAAGUAUUCGCAGACAAGUCAGACCCAUUCUCGGGUGUACUCCCAGCAUGGAGAAGGUCGUACUUCAGCAACAUUGUCGCCCGCGGUUACCCCAUUGGAACGCCACAGUCCGUCGUCGACUCGAUCCAACAUGAUAUCACAUAUGUCAAGACUGCAGCUAUGAAGGCAUUAGCACGCAACACUGGUGCCUACAUGAACGAAGCGGACCGCUUAGACCCUGACUGGAAGAUUGACUUUUACGGCAGCAACUACAAUAAGCUAUUGUCGAUCAAGCAGAAAUACGACCCUUCCUCCGUGUUUUACUGCUCGACAUGCGUCGGCAGUGACGCCUUCGGAGAAGACUCCAGCGGCCGCCUGUGCAGAGUAUAG